GCGGCGGUGGCGGCGCUGGCCGCCGACGCUCGGCCUCGCCCGCCUGCCGCCGACGGUGGCGUCGCAUGCGAGGCCGCGAGGCGUGCGGCUCCUGCCCCUGGCGGCGCGUCGGGGCUCGGCGCGCCCGCGGCGCCGCGCCGACGCCAGCGCCGGGGGUUGCCGCCACGAUGCGGCUCUGGAGGUGGCGUGCGCCCCAGCCGGGAACGACGCCGAGGUGGUGGACGGCUCCGCGGGAGGCAACGGCCACCUGGCGAAGGGUGGCUUCGUCGAGGUUGCGGGCGGGGUGCGCGCAGGCCACGUGGACUUGCUGUCCCACGCGAGACGCCUCAUGGGCGGGGUCGCCUUCGGCGCGGACGGUGGCGUGAGCGGCAAGGGCAAGAGCAAGGAUAAGGGCAAGGUGGCCCUGGUCCCAUUCGGACUCCUGCUGCGCCCAGACGGGGGGCGCAAGGAGCGCCUCGAG